CGCCCGUGCAGACAUCUGUGAAUUUGAUCGUACCAUGCCAAGUCAUUUGUUAAUACGUUUUUGCUGAAAUAUUCUGCAAUACUAUCUUUACUCUCAGAGCAAUAAUUGCUUGCUUUCACUCUAUGUUGAGCUUGCAUUAGCUUCCUGUGAUGAUGUCAACCAAUCAGCUAAUUUUCUGUGUUUAUGCAUCAAUUCUUUGGCUGUCUCUUAUCUUCUAAUGGGACUCAUAUCUAGUGCUAUAUUGAAGACAGGUUCACCAUAAAGUCAGACCAGCUCAGAUUUAACACGUUAAAAAUACAUGUACAGCACCAGAAUUAACUCAUAGUAAAUAUUCCAUGUCGUUCAGAAAUGCCUAAUUUGAGUUAAAGAUCAAGAUUAUUUCCAUUAAGACAAAGCUGAACGCUUAUCAGUUAGUUUUCAUUUAGAUGAUUUAUUUUGCAUGUCCUGCCAAAAUGCAAACAUAAAUAGAGAAUUGUUACAGCCCUCAUUCAUAACAAACUUGUUAAGUUAGAUGACUGUCCUUAACUGGGUAGUCUCCUCCCUUUCAUCCGUGUGUGCCUGUGAAACAACAAUGCAGCACACCACUGGCAAGAGGCAGCAUUAGGUUUCUCUCUUUUGUCCAUGUAUGUCCUAGUUGCAUACAGUCCUUUUGUCUUUUUCCAAGGCGAACACUGUGUGGUGAGGAAUGGCAGAGGGAGGCUUUGACCCGUGUGAGUGCAUUUGCACCCAUGAGUAUGCGAUGAGGCGCCUCAUCAACCUGCUCAGGCAAUCUCAGUCCUACUGCACAGACACAGACUGCCCUCAGGAAUUGCCAGGUCCCAGCGGGCCGGUCGGCGGAGGAGGUGACCUGACGCUGCCCAUGGUUCUGAUUGGAUGGAUGGUGCUGGCUCUGCUCCUGUUCCUGCUGCGCCCAUCCAGUCUCAGGGGUCCCCGUCCCACAGGCAAACCUCCUGGACCCCACAAUAGCGAUAGAAGAGAGCCUCCAGCACCACCUAUUGACUAGCAGUGGAGCCAGACGACCAACACUCACCCACCUGCUCUGACUGGAGCUGCACAGUUAGCUUGUAACUCUGACCAGGUCGGCGCCAUCUUCCUGUCAACCUCUAUUCAAAUAUCUUUUUCUAUUUCUUUUCUAUUUUCUGUGCUAAUGCAGUUAUGUUUUGGGAUGGAGCUGUCAAUGAUUCCUAUUACCAGAGCCCAACUGAUGCUAGAUUGAUGAGGCCAAUACAGAUAUGAUACUGUAUCUUAAAGUUACAAAGGUC